AUGAUGAGGCGAGGCUUCCGAGUGGCAGCCACCCUGGGCCGCCUCAGAGCCCUUCCUGGCACGCCCUGCCUCCUGCCCAUCCGCAACCCCGCCACAGCGUUUGGAUCCUCCAUGGCCUCCCGGAUCUCAAGAUUCUGCCCAGAGAAGACAGACUUUAAGGAUUUUGCCCUUCCCAAUGCCAGCUGGUGUCCCGACAUGCUGGGCCUGUACCAGGAAUUUCUGGAGAAGACCGAGACCGACGGCUGGAUCAAACUGCCCUCCUUCAAGUCCAACAGAGAACACAUCCACGGGCUCAAACUCCCAACCGAAUUAGCCGAUCCCCCAGAAAAAAGUGACAGCCGCAUCAUCACCAGGAGCAUCCAAGUGGAAGGACAAGGCUACGAGCAUGUCAUCUUUUUUAACCCGUCCAAGAAGAAGUCCAUCUGUCUUUUCCAGCCGGGCCCCUACUUGGAGGGACCCCCAGGGUUUGCCCACGGAGGGUCCCUGGCCACCAUGAUGGACGAGACCUUUUCUAAAACUGCCUACCUGGCUGGAGAGGGGCUGUUAACACUCAGCCUCAGCAUCAGGUUCAAAAACAUGAUCCCCGUGGGCUCACUGGCUGUCCUGAACGUCAGCGUGGACAAGAUUGAGGACCAGAAGCUUUAUCUGUCCUGCAUCACCCAGACCAGAGACCAGGAGACAGUCUAUGCCAAGUCCUCAGGUGUUUUCCUUCAGCUGCAGCUAGAACAGGAGUAA